AUUAGUUAAGCAAAAAAAUAAAAAGUUGUAAAAAAUUAGGGAUAAGGAAAGAAAAUCUCAAAAUCUCUUCUUCAAGGCCGUCUCGUCAGAUUUCUUUUUCAUUUUUCUUUUAACGUUUGGUUUCGUCUCUAAUCCAUUAUCUUCCUUAAGAAAAAAAAAAUUCAGCAAAAAAAAAAGAGAAAAAAAUAGUGAAUCAAGCUGUCUCGUAGCAGUCUUUAUAGAUCAAACGAUAAUCGAAUCCAACGACCCAUUUUUUUUUUUUUUGGGUCUGAUUUCGUCUCUCUUUGUUCUUUUCACCUUUUUUUUUUGUUUUGGUUUUGUCUCUUCCGUUUCAUUUUGUGUUUCUUCAAUCUGAUCUAAAGCUUUUGUCUGAAAAAAAGUGUCAGACUUUCUAUGAAGAUGUUGUUGGUCAAUGGGUGAUUUUUAGUUUGUGUUAAAGCAGAAGCAUAAGAUUACUUGGUGAAUCGAUUACAAUUUUGAUUUGAUUCAGAUAUUUGAAGGGUUCUUACUAGAAUUUGAAUUGGGGAUCUUUGAAUUUCGAUCAGGCUUUUAGAGAGGUAGGGAACAUUGAAUUGAGAUCUGGGUCAACUUUUGGUUUUGUUGGGGAUUAGUUGUUUUAAGAGAUCGAAGAAAGGAGGAAGCUUUUUGAUUUGGUAACGAUGGAUCGUGUGGUUGGUGGUAAGUAUAAGCUUGGACGUAAACUUGGAAGUGGAUCAUUUGGUGAACUUUUUCUAGGGGUUAAUGUACAAACUGGAGAAGAAGUUGCUGUGAAGCUUGAACCUGCGAGAGCUAGACAUCCUCAACUUCAUUAUGAAUCAAAGCUUUAUAUGCUUCUUCAAGGAGGAACUGGUAUUCCACAUCUAAAAUGGUAUGGGGUUGAGGGUGAAUACAACUGUAUGGUGAUUGACCUUUUGGGUCCGAGUAUGGAGGAUUUAUUUAAUUAUUGUAGUCGGAGGUUCAAUCUAAAGACGGUUCUAAUGCUCGCAGAUCAAAUGAUCAAUAGAGUUGAGUAUAUGCAUGUCCGGGGAUUUCUUCAUCGUGACAUAAAGCCUGAUAACUUUUUGAUGGGUCUUGGACGCAAAGCGAACCAGGUGUACAUCAUUGACUACGGACUUGCAAAAAAGUAUAGAGAUCUCCAAACUCAUAGACACAUUCCCUACAGGGAAAACAAGAAUCUUACUGGAACAGCUCGAUAUGCAAGUGUUAACACUCAUCUUGGAAUUGAGCAAAGUAGGAGGGACGAUCUGGAAUCUCUUGGCUACGUGCUUAUGUAUUUUCUUCGAGGAAGUCUUCCUUGGCAAGGCCUUCGUGCGGGUACCAAAAAACAGAAGUAUGACAAGAUCAGCGAAAAGAAAAGGCUUACACCUGUAGAGGUUCUCUGUAAAUCCUUUCCACCUGAGUUCACAUCAUACUUCCUCUAUGUACGAUCAUUGCGGUUUGAAGACAAACCAGAUUAUCCAUACCUAAAGAGGCUUUUCAGGGAUCUCUUUAUUCGAGAAGGUUAUCAGUUUGACUAUGUAUUUGAUUGGACAAUCUUGAAGUAUCCACAGUUUAGUUCGGGCUCCAGCUCUAGCUCCAAGCCAAGAUCAAGCCUGAGACCAGCUAUGAAUCCUCCAGUACCAAUUGCCGAAAGACCAGAUAAACCUUCAGGUAAGCCCAACUCAAUAACCUUCAUCUUGCCUAAGUUUCCGUGUAUCUUUUCGUGUGUGCUUCUGCUUCUUUGCUUCAUCAAACAGUUUCCCUAUACUUGCAAAGCUAGGCGCUAAUCAAGUGCUUUAUGGCCACCUAGGAGCCGAUUAGUUUCUGUCUUUUCUUUUUCUUCAUUUUGCUAUAAGAAAGGUUCAUCAAUUUUAUAUGAAUGUCUUAAGUGGAUGUCAAGGCCUAUUCGUCUGUUGAUUUUCUGUUAAUUGACUCGCUGGAGCUGGGCAAGACAGUCGAGAUAGAUUCUCAGGUGCUUUAGAGGCAUAUGCUAGAAGAAAUGGCUCAGGAAGCGGUGUGGUACAAGCUGAUCGAUCUAGACCAAGAACCUCAGAGAAUGUAUUAGCAUCGUCAAAGGAUACAACACCACAAAACUAUGAGAGAGUCGAAAGACCAAUCUCUUCAACAAGACACGCAAGUUCUUCAAGAAAAGCUGUUGUAUCGAGCGUACGAGCCACUUCUUCAGCUGAUUUCACAGAGAACCGCUCUAGCAGAGUUGUCCCAAGCAAUGGCCGUUCCUCAACCGCUCAGAGGACUCAGCUCGUCCCUGACCCAACCACUAGACCGUCAUCUUCUUCUUUUACCCGAGCUGCGCCGUCGAGGACUGCUCGUGACAUCACGCUCCAGAGCUUUGAGCUACUCACCAUAGGGAAUGGAAAGAGGAAGUGAGAGGCUUGGCUUUAUCGUGAGCGUGUUGGAGGACACUGCGACAUUUUAAUGGAUGGAGACUUUGUUUUUAUUUCACGAAAUUAUCGGUUUCCUAAUUUAAGGAAUAAAUCGAACAUCAUUUGAUUACAAAUUAUAUGUGAUAAAGUAUAUGGUUUUAACUUGUUAAGCUCAUCACUAAAUUCCAUGUGUUUUAUCAAGUACUAAUGAUUCAAAUGAUCCAUAUGGAUCCAAUGGAAGCAUUAGACGGAUGCUGGAAAUACAUACCAUUGUUUACCGUUGAGAG